AAUCUCAUUUAACAAGUCACCUCCUUGGAAAUUUGUUUUGUAAACUAUCUAAUCAUCUGAGAACUAUCUAAUCAUCGGAGAAAGCAGAAACUACUAGACGGCGGCGAACACUUCAAUUGCAAUCCCGAUACACUAUCUAAUCUUCUAAUCUCACUGCAAUUGAAUUGGGCAGAUCAGACUAGUUUGAUGGAGAGGCUUGUAGAAUUUGGAAGAAGAGCAAUGUUUUAUGUCAGGGUUCUGUCCGGAUAUGAAGAACGCCGGAUUAGAUCUUACAGACUCCAGAUACAAGAACGUCUUGCUAAGGCAGAAGAAAGGAAGGCAGCCUUAAGAAAGAUCCCUGAGCAGGUUAUAUUAUCAGAGGUGCGGCGUAUGGUAGAGGAGAUGCAAAAUUUGAAUAAAAAGCUGGAAGAAACUGAAUCUGCCAUUGAUCAAUAUUUCAGCCCACUCGAUAAGGAAGCUGAGAUGAUAAUGAAAGUUCAACUUGAGGGAGAGGAGAGGUCAAUGAAGGAGAUGGUGAAGACAAUGCAAAGACAGGCUAUCCUUGAGAAAGAAGAAGCGGAGAGAUUGUCUAGUGUUCAAGAUGCAGAAGCAAAAAAAAAUAUUGAGGAAAAAUCAUCCCCUAAACCCCCCAGUGUAGCAGAGUAACUUGGAAGAACUAUAUUGACAUUAGAUAUUCAAGAGGCAUUCUGUUGUCUACAUCUAUAUUCCCCCCCUUCUUCCUGACUAUUCUUCUUUUAAAUCAUUCUCAAGCACUGGUCAAAGCUGUGCAAUGCCCAAGGAAAAACCACUUUGGCCAGUCAGCCGUGGCUCUUUUAGGAUAGACAACAGUUAUCUAUCCAGAACAACAGCUUGGUAAAAUUGUGGUGGCUCGGAGCAGCUAUAAAUGAUGCGUGUGAGAAAUAAUAAUUAUAGCAAUUCUUUAGUGUAACCUUGUAACAAAUCAUGUUGCAGUGUUGAGUUGCUUUUGUCGUGGGGAUAAACUGAGAGUGUCCACCAGGCUAUUUCCGAUCUAACUAAAGGUUGCAGUCACUGGUCAGUGACCUCAGUAUCGGCAUAUUUAUCUUUGGCCCUCUUUUUUGAACAUCUAGCUUAGUAGCUUGCUUAUCGAUUAUUAUCAUGUUCACCAUACCCCAUUUUGCUUUUUCGUCUGCCCUAAAUAAAAGUUGUGUUUUAGAGUGUUUGAUUAGACUUAAUAAAAUUACUUGUCUUGUGUUUGGUCGA